CUGGACAUAUUAAGUGACUUAAGUGAAAGUAGUGACUUCGAACUAACGGUUGCUAGUUUAGAACGGAUACGUUAUGCAAAGUGCAAUUGAAGUUAAAGGAAAUUCAACAUUUCCUUUACGCAAGCAAAGGAAACUCGGAUAAAAAGCAAAAUUCAUUGUUCUUCAGUACCAAUCACCGGCAGCGAAUACACGAGAAAAUCAAGAUACCAAAAUGGGGGAUGGAUUAGAAACUGGUGCAGGUCUAGCCUGGAGACUGUUAGCGACACUAGAAGGUGGUUCACUGUUUCUGGCAACAUCUGCGCUAAUAGCCUACACUGCGAGAGCGAGGGUAAAAAAACACAAGCGACGACGCAAUGUCAACAGUGUUCUGGUAACAAACACAACAAAUUCUCUAGGCAGAGAAGUGAAACGAAGAUUAGAAGCUUGUGGUUGUGUGGUACACACAUACGAGUCGAGCGGCGCGAUUAUAUCCGCUAAAGUCGACGCUUUGCUUGUCAUAGGCGCUGAGACACGUCCCGGCUUGGAUGGCAUAGUCGAACUUGUUUCUACUGAUGUCUAUGAUAAUUUGAAGUUAUUAGAAACCCUGUCACUAAUAGUGCAACGUGGGGGCUGCAUUGCUUGGGCAUCAGCUGGUGUAAGAAGUGACACCUUCAGUGAGGCAACACAUGCAUUUGACGCGGUUCUUCGUGCUAGUUUAAAAUACGUCUCGAAAAAGGCCCGUUGUGAAGCGAUUUGGAUCGAUCGUGAUGAAUGCGUAGAGCGUGUAGCGGAUAGCGUUAUCGCUACGCUCGUGCCUUGUGACACCAGACAACGCGUACAAACUUAUCCCAUUUACAGGAAUAUUGCAGUACAAAUAAGCAAGUUCCUUGCAAGAUGGUUGAAGAAAAUCACUUGACUGACCAGAGAUUGUUUUAUUGUAAUUGUAAAUAAAGUUUUAUAUAAUUAUA